AUGGCGGGAGGUGAGGCAGAGCAGGCAACCAGAUCCCAGGUACAGCCACUGGCUGCUCUGGGGUUCUCAUUGAUGCCCUUCAUUGCGCCCCCAGACCCAGAUUGGACACCCGAUGACUAUUACUACAGCUACGAGCAUUCCAGCCCAGAUGAAGCCCCCAGUGCCAUGCCGACCUCCCCUGAGAACCCCGAUUGGUACUAUGCAGAUGAUGAUCCAUGCCAGUCCAACCCCUGUGAACACGGUGGGGAUUGUAUCAUCAGAGGGGAUACCUUCCAUUGUAACUGCCCAGCCCCCUUCUCGGGAAGCCGGUGUCAGAAUGCACAGAACAAGUGCAAGGACAACCCGUGUGUCCAUGGUGAAUGCCUCAUUACCCAGAAGCCUCCUUACUACCGCUGUGCCUGCAAAUACCCCUACACAGGGCCAGACUGCUCCAGAGCGCUUCCGGCAUGCAAACCAAAUCCCUGCCAGAACGGUGGUGUCUGUUCCCGUCACAGACGGAGGUCCAGGUUUACAUGUGCCUGUCCAGACCAGUAUAGGGGGAGAUUCUGUGAAGUAGGUCCGGACGACUGUUAUGUCGGUGAUGGCUACUCUUACCGAGGUAAAGUGAGUAGGACAGUCAACCAGAACCCAUGCCUUCACUGGAACUCCCACCUCCUCUUGCAGGAGAAUUACAACAUGUUUAUGGAGGACGCUGAGACCCACGGGAUUGCAGAACACAACUUUUGCAGAAACCCAGAUGGAGACCACAAGCCCUGGUGUUUUGUUAAGGUUAACAGUGAAAAGGUGAAAUGGGAGUACUGUGAUAUCACAGUCUGCCCAGCCCCAGACGCUCCUGACCCAGAGGGAAGUCUGCUGGAGCCUGCGAUGGAGCUGCCAGGGUUUGACUCCUGCGGGAAGACAGAGACAGCUGAACGCACAGUCAAGCGUAUCUACGGGGGCCUGAAGAGUACAGCGGGCAAGCACCCAUGGCAGGUGUCCCUGCAGACCUCACUGCCGCUGACCACCUCCAUGCCCCAAGGCCACUUCUGUGGGGGUGCCCUGAUUCACCCCUGCUGGGUGCUCACUGCGGCCCACUGUACUGACAUAAGCACUAGGCACCUGAAAGUCGUGCUAGGGGACCAGGACCUGAAGAAGUCAGAAUCUCAUGAGCAGACCUUCAGGGUGGAAAGGAUAUUAAAGUACAGUCGGUAUAACGAAAAAGAUGAGAUUCCACACAACGACAUUGCUUUGCUCAAGUUAAAGCCAGUGAAUGGUCACUGUGCUCUGGAAUCCAAAUAUGUGAAGACCAUAUGUUUGCCCAAUGACCCUUUUCCCUCCGGGACUGAGUGCCACAUCUCUGGCUGGGGUGUAACAGAAACAGGGGAAGGGUCUCGCCAGCUUCUGGAUGCUAAAGUCAAGCUGAUCGCUAACCCUUUAUGCAACUCCCGCCAACUCUACGACCAUACGAUUGAUGACAGUAUGAUUUGUGCAGGAAACCUUCAGAAGCCCGGAACAGACACCUGCCAGGGUGACUCUGGGGGCCCUCUGACCUGUGAAAAGGAUGGCACUUACUUCGUCUAUGGGAUUGUGAGCUGGGGCCAGGAAUGUGGGAAGAAGCCAGGCGUCUAUACUCAAGUCACCAAGUUCCUGAAUUGGAUCAAAAAUACCAUUCACAGGGAGGCUGGCUUCUGAGGUGCUGUCUGUGGAGCCUUGAAGCCCUCUUCUACAGCACCAGACAAAAGGGGCUUCCUGGGCAGGCAAGGCUCUCCUUUCAGUUCCAGAGGACCGUGGGGCUGAAGGGCCAAUGCUCUGGACAGAGAUACUGCUGCCCAGCCUGGGUCUGAUUUCAUGAGGCCCACUCUGUCCCCCUCCCCCUGGGAACCAACAAGAAAUAUGACUCCCCUUCUGACAAAUGUACCUUCUGGAAAAGCUGAAUUCACAAAGACUAUCUUCACCAUGGAUACCUGCAAAUAUGACCCAGCACCAGAGAUGGCACCUUGACUUACUCCUCGGCCCACAACAUCAAAAUCCUGCACAGAACUUAUCCAAUCUUACCAGCAAUCAGAGAGAA